AUGGCAUCUUAUACCCUUAAAAAGGAUCUACUUCAAGUUCAGAAAGAGUCUCCAAUUGGAUCAAACAGAUAUUUCAUCCCCAUCGAUCACCUGGACAGCCUGGUGAUACAACCCAAGAUCGAGGACGCAUUGAAAAAUGUUUAUCGACACAUGGAAGAAGAUAACGCAGCACUACAACGAUGUUUGUCAUCCAUCUAUCCUGAGUCCAAACGACUCUUUGCUAUCUUGAUAUCUGGAGAGGAGUCUUUUCGAGAAGCCAUUGAAAGUUUUGUUGCCGAAGGGGUCACCGACGCUGAUCUGCCGCUUUGUCGAGCAUACACUGAUCCUAGAAACAAAAGUUCAUUUGUACUCUGCAAAAAUAAACACAAAGACUGUCAAAUUAGAGAUCAUCGGCAGUGUGGGAUUCCUGUAAUGUCAGAGUGGCCCCAGCGGAGCAGGAACGAUUUCGACCGGGAUCAGUGGUGUUUUCAAGCGCCCCAAUUUCGAAAGUCACCAGGGGAAACACCCUACUUUGAAUUCCAUGAGAGCGUCGUUAUGCCUUUUUUGGAAGACUAUGAACAAGAUGCCGGAAGGUUUCGAGCUGGAGGGUACAGCCAAGUUUGGCCUGUACAGAUUCAUCGAGCUCAUCAGAAUCUCGUUGACACAAUUGACCCAGAGGGUCCCUAUCUAGCCAUCAAACGAUUGAUCUCCCGAGAUAAGCUUCAAUUCAAUAAAGAAACAGAGUUCCUUGAGAAACUCUCACAACGCAAUGAUCCACAUCUCAUAAAACUUCUGGCCACCUAUAAGUUUAAGAGUUCAUACCACUUAGUCUUUCCCUAUGCGAAAGAGAACCUGAGAGAGUAUUGGAAUUCUGUCGACAUACCUUAUUGGAACAGGGAAACGGCCUUCUGGUUUCUCACGCAAAUCUGUGGGUUGGUGGCCGCACUAAAUGCUAUUCAUAAUUUCGACCUGGGUGGCUUCACAGACGUAGUCAACGAUACUGGAAAUACAACUCUGGAAAGAUUUAGUCGUUACCGGAAUGUUAGAUUGAGUGUUGAAGAUCGGGAAAAGAAGUAUGGCCGUCACGGAGAUCUAAAGCCGGAAAACAUCCUGCGGUCAGAGGGACCCCAAGGUUCUAAUAAUGCUGGCGUGCUUCAAAUAACAGACUUUGGUCUUGGGAGGUUCCACCGGUUCGAGUCCCGUUCAAUGCAGGAUCCAAAGAAAAUUUCGGGAUCGCCGACAUAUUCACCCCCUGAGAUUGCACUUGGCAAGCCUGUUUCCCGUGCAUAUGACAUAUGGAGCUUAGGCUGUAUUUUUCUCGAGUUUAUUACCUGGCUACUUGAAGGUUCUCGGGGGCUCAAGGACUUCGAUGCGGCUCGAAUGUUGCUGGCAGAGGACAAGAUAAUCGACGAUAUCUAUUUCACCCUGAAGACGCCAACAGACCGGCCUAAUGCUCCCCCAGAGGCUGAGGUACGAGAAGGGGUACUCAAAUGGAUUGGCCGUCUGCGCCAAAACCCACGUUGUUCUGAAAUGUCUCUUUCGUUCCUAAAUCUGAUUGAGCAGUCUAUGCUUAGAAUUGAUUCUUCUAGGCGCAUUUCUGCUCAAUUGUUAGUAACGAAGAUAAAGCAAAUGCUCUAUAGAGGCGAACACGAGGCUGACUACCUUUUGGGAAGCAAUGAAUUGGUCAUUGAUGCGUUUUCUGGCAUGAAACAUCCAAAUGUAUACGAUGUACCGUCCGUUGAUGCUCCUGAGCGAUGA